UGCCUUUAAUUGCAGGGUGCUGGGUUUUAAGUAUCAGUAAUCCCGGGUAAAGAUUUGCUUGGACAGUGCGAGCAGUCACUCCGCGCAGUGGGACGGCGAAGAAUCUGAGAGACCGGUUGUGACUCGCGGUGAAAAGCUAUGGCUCGGGUGCUAAUCGUGGGUGCGGGUCUCACUGGCAGUCUGUCUGCUUCCCUCUUACGCAGGGAGUUGUCGAACAAGUUGCAAAUCGUCGUCUGGGACAAGGCGAGAGGCGCAGGAGGAAGAAUGAGCACCAGCAGAAGUCCCCAUGACCCAAACUGCAUGGCUGACCUGGGAGCACAGUACAUUACUGUAACUCCAUAUUACGCAGAAAAGCAUCAGAGCUUCCAUGAAGAAAUGCUAUCACAUGGCAUUUUAAAACCAUUGCUCAGUUCAGUGGAGGGGAUGGUACAAAAAGAAAAAGGAAUCUGUAACUAUGUAGCAUCACAAGGGACUUCUUCCAUUGUCAAACAUUAUCUCGCAGACUCAGAUGUAUUUUAUAAUCGCCAUGUUACCCACAUCAACCUGAAAGAAGGAAAGUUGGAAGUCUGCAGCAUAUCGACCCCUUCAGAAAUGUUUGAUGCAGUUGUUCUAACAAUGCCUGUUCCACAAAUUCUUCAGCUGCAAGGACACAUUGAGACUUUAAUAAGUGAAUCACAAAGGCAGCAACUGGAAGCAGCAAGUUAUUCCUCUCGUUUUGCAUUGGCCCUUUUCUACGAGGCAGGCACACAGAUUGGUGUCCCCUGGGCCAUGAAGUACAUUGCCGAUAACCCUUGCAUACGCUUCAUCUCCAUCGAUAAUAAGAAACGCAGUUUAGAAUCCCCUGAAGUCGGACCUUCCAUAGUUGUCCACACCACAGUUCAGUUUGGAGUUGAAAAUAUGCAUAAAGAUAAAGAAGAAGUGGAACUUCUGAUCCUUGACCAGCUACAACAAGUUCUGCCAGGAUUACCUAAGUCUAUAAGUACCAAAUGUCACAAGUGGAGAUACUCGCAGGUCAUCAAAUCGGUCCUGAACUGCCCAGGACAAAUGAUGCUUAAUGGUCAGCCACUUCUUGUGUGUGGCGGUGAUGGUUUUACACACUCAAACUUCGAUGGCUGCACAGAAUCUGCCUUAACAAUCUUGGAUGUGUUCAAAUGUCAUUUUUAAAUGUCUGCAUCUCGUAAUUCUGAAUACGUUGCUUUGUCUCUGAUCUCAUUCAUUAUUGCAAACCCCAUUAAUGGAGGGCUGUUCAGUGUGUGGAUGAAAUCAAUAGCCCUUCACCACCCCCCCCCUGAGAAUUUGGCACAUAGAUCAUAUUUGCAUCUGAACUAGAAAAUAAUGGAAACAUAUGUUAUGCAUUUGACAUUAGGAUCCAGGGAGACAGCUCUAAGUACACUGAGAAACUGCCUACCAGCAGUAGUAAUCCAAGGAAGAAAGUAAUGUUUCUGUGUGUAGUGACUAAGGCUAUUAUUCAGAGCUUUAGAAAAUGCAACUGUCAGCCAAAUUUCACACUAUAUGUUCCAUGUAAUGUAACAUUAAACCAUUUUAUGUUCUAAACUGCAAAUCCAGACACACAGCAGUUUUCUUACAUAAGGAACAUUUUUUUAGAAAUUUCUUUAAACUUGGCUUAUUUUCUCUGUGAGUAAAUAUCCUCCACAUGAUGGACUAAACAUGGAAUAAUAUCACUCUUGGGUGGCUGGCAACAUGGGUUCCUUUCCUUUCAUCAGCAUGGCCAUCAUUUACUAAUGUUGGCUGGGAUUCAGACGUCACCUUCUCUCAUCAGGUGAGCUUAAGGUCAUUCCUAGCAGAGUAGAGGCCUGUAGACUCCAUAUUCUCAGGAGAGAGGAAGAACAAGAAAAACAGAGCUGCCCUUCAAAUUCAUGUUGCUUCCACCCAUCCUGUGCUCAGUUGUGACGCAGAUACUGACUGGAUUUUCUUGCUGGCUUUGCGACCCUGACAAAUAGGGAUUGCGAGCCCGCACUUACUGGCAGCACAUCCGUUAGUGCAGUAUUCUCAGAGGCAGCCUCCAGGCUCGCCAUCCUAUUACAGAUGGCAGGUGGGCUCCCAAUACUGCUAGCCCAAACAGAGGGCCAGAAGCUCUGGAGUCUCCACAGCACCACUGGGAGAGCUGAAGCUCUGCUCAGGCAGUUUAGAGACCAUGAGGGCGCCUCAUCAUAGAGACACCUGGGGAGGAGUGCAUUUAAAUAUAAAAUUUGUUUGGCUGAAGCCAUUAGGCCCAUGGAAGCAGAGGGGAAACCUUUCCUGGCCGCAGCCCCCUCUUUUGGGUAUGGAGCCCCUGGUUCAGAUGGCUCACCCGCUCUCCAAGGGGUGAACCUCCAUUGUGAUGGCAGCCUCCACACAUGGCCAUGGUGGCUGCACUGCCAGCAACAAAAUGCAGGCCUCAGCCGCAAAUUGAAUCUAAUUUGGCCUGUAAUGGGCUUCACUGUCUGCCCUCCUGCACAAUGUGGGCAGCUGAUCCCAGUCCUGACCCACCCAUGAAAUAUAUUCCAGGGGUGGGAGUGCAACCAGGCAUCAUCCCAAUGUAACUCCCCCUUAUUUUCCCUGAUCCUUCUCCCUGGCCCCACCAUCUCCAAGAUCUCCAUCACAGGGCCAGGAAAAUUCAGCCCCAGGAGUCUGUAAUGAGCACCGUACUGCCAUCAGAGCAGGAGCAGCAUUAGCUUUGCUAAUCAAAAAACAAAAUAUUGUGGAUGCUGGAGAUCCAAAAUAAAAACAGAACGUGCUGGAAAAACUCAGCAGGCCUGGCAGAAGAUCUGUAGGCAGAGGAACAGCGUUAACAUUUUGUGUCCAAUAUGAAUCUUCUUCGAAGGAGAGUCAUAUUGGACUUGAAACAUUAACUCUGUUUUUCUCUCCAAAGAUGCUGCCAGACCUGCUAAGGUUUUCCAGCGCUCUCUGUUUUUAUUAGCUCUGCUAAUAUUAUGUCUGUGUAUUUUUUAAUUUUAAUACCCCCCUUUCACAAGCACCCAGACCACAUCCCCUGGACAAGCAGCUCAGUGACAAGCGUGGAGUUUUCCACAUACAUAACUAGAGUUGCUUGCCAUGUGGCCAGAGUUGGCGAUGCAGAAACAUAACCCAAGUUAAAAUGUUUUCUCUUGCCACACCCCCAUCCUCCACCACAUCCCUAUCUGUCACUGUCUGGUACCAGUUUUGCUAAUCCCAGCCAAGCUUUGAAGAUUGAGACUACAUUCCAAGCUUACAGCAUUAUAGCAUUCCCACCUGAACACUGUCCAUAGCAAAUGAAGAAUGGGACCUGGAUUCUCACCCAUGUAGCGGGUAUUUAAAUGGUGUUAUUUGCUUUUGAAAAUAAAAUGAAUUUUCUGAUAA